CCUGUUGGGAACUCGUCUAUGCAAUGCAAAAGUAUCGUACUCGUACUAAUUGCACUUCUGCAUUACAAAUCUAGUUGCCAAGGAAAAUCCGCAUUACAAAUUUGAUUUUCCUUGCGAUUCAUCAUACUGAUACUAGUCGUACGCUACUUUUGCACACGAUAUCGUCCACACGACCACGACGUUGAUGAAGAAACUGUGGAUCGAAGACUUCAAGCGAUAUUAUGCGAAAAAGUUGAAAAAGGAAAAGAAAAAGCUGAUCAAAAAGUACAAAAAACGGGAUCGGGGGAACAAGGAGUACAUCAAUGAGAAGUUGAGAAAAUGGAACCUCAAGCUUGUCAAACAAAAACGGUUAACACUCGACGAUUCAAUUUUGGAAGAACUAGCGGAAAAAAAUUUGGAAAAGCA